AUGAAGGAAUCAUCACGGAAAAAGGCCAAUCUGAUCCAAAUCAAUGCCUUAUUGAAGGAGGAGCUGCAGGACUCCAAACGUCAGAAUGCUAUGGUUACUCUAUCCACAUACGAAUUGGUACCAGUAUCCUCUGGAGCUAAUGCGUAUAAUGGCAUGGCUGUCGAUGAUACACGUCCCGGCCAUCUCCAAACAUUUUCCAACUCCGAGGGCCGAGAUAAUGCACUCAAGACGGUCUCCAUAGACGGCUGCAAGAGGCGGACUCGCCGCUCUACUAAUGAUAAAGACCAAUAG